CUGAAAUAAUAUAUUCAAACAAAAUAAAAUUAAUAUCUUAAUAUAGAAUCUAAUAUUAUAAAUGCACGUAUAUAUGUAAUUUUUCUUUCCUUUUUCAUAUUCAUCAUACUCAUCGUAUACAUUAAAAUAUAAAAUAUUUAGUGCGAGAUUUUACUAAAAUCUUUUCUAAUUUAAUUUAUCUGUUAAUAAAGUGUAAUAGUGAAAAAAAUAUAUCAAUCUGUCAGCAUGUAUAUAUUUUUUUAAUAAAUAAAUUAUGAGCAAUUUAUUUCAUGUACAGCGUGUCAGAAUACUGUACAAAACAAUUUUAAGGUUACAUCGUGGUUUACCACCUGAAAUUCAAGUCUUAGGAACGAAUUAUGUUCGAGAUGAAUUUAGAAGACAUAAAAAUUGUAAUGAAGAUAUAGCAAUUAUAUUUAUGAAUGAAUGGACAGAAUAUGCUAUAAUGCUUACAAAACAACUUGGACUAAAAGGACCACAUACAGCUAAACCUUUAGGUGAAAAUUUAAAAGAAGAAGAUUUUAACAAAUUUAGAGAUGAACAAUUACAUCAAUUAUAUGAACUAAUGAUUGCAUCAACUGGUAAAAGUAAUAAAAAUAUAGAAGACACAUAAUUUAUUCUUUCUAAAAUAUAUUGUAUAAUAUUAAUAAUAUUAAAGAUAUAAUAUUAUAUAUAAUA